UUUUGGGUGUAGCAUCUACAUGGUACUGGCUCUGCCCUGUCCAGGUGUGGGCUCUGUUCCAUUUCACUUAGGGCAAGGGAAACUCCUUGGUGCUUUGUUCUUGCCUGUUUUACUCCAGCUGUCAGUACUGCUCUUGCAGCUUCCUAGAGCUCUGCUAUUGUUCUUCCAUCCUGGAUCAGCAUCACAAACAAAGACACCGAGGGCAGCUCUGGCAACCUGGAUGACUGAUGUUUGUUUUUUAGUGACUGUUACACUGGAGGAAAGUGUUCCCUGGACACUCCCAGAGACAACUGUAUCACCAGAGCAGAUUGCCUUGGGACCCCCCCCCCGUCCUGCUGCAAUGAGUGGGAAGUCCUUGCUCCUGAAGGUCAUUCUCCUCGGGGAUGGUGGAGUUGGGAAGAGCUCCCUCAUGAACCGCUACGUCACCAACAAGUUUGACUCGCAGGCGUUCCACACGAUCGGGGUGGAGUUCCUGAACCGGGACCUGGAGGUGGACGGGCGUUUUGUGACCCUCCAGAUCUGGGACACGGCGGGACAGGAGCGGUUCAAGAGCCUGCGGACGCCCUUUUACCGGGGGGCAGAUUGCUGCCUGCUGACCUUCAGCGUGGACGACCGGCAGAGCUUCGAGAACCUCAGUAACUGGCAGAAGGAGUUUGUCUAUUACGCUGACGUGAAGGACCCCGAACACUUCCCAUUUGUAGUCCUGGGCAACAAAAUAGACAAACUGGAGAGACAGGUGAGCACGGAGGAGGCCCGGGCCUGGUGCAUGGAGAACGGUAACUAUCCGUACCUGGAGACUAGUGCCAAGGACGACACCAAUGUGACAGUGGCCUUUGAGGAAGCUGUGCGACAGGUGCUGGCGGUGGAGGAGCAGCUGGAGCACUGCAUGCUGGGCCACACCAUUGACCUGCACUCCAGCUCCAAAUCGGGGUCUUCCUGUUGUUAAGAGUGGCUGCUGCUUCGGGAACACUGCCGGAGCCAGCGGCUGGAUGGGAACACGCGUGGGCAGCCCUGGGGCACUCUGAGGAGAGUGGCCACGAGGACAAUAAGUGGUUUGUGCUCCCUGGGGAGUUGCAGCCUCACCGUCUGAAUCCUGCCUGGAGUUCUCAGGCACAGAGCAUGUAUCCGCAGGAGGGAGCUGUUUAACAGAGCAUGUGAGCGUAGUCUUGCUUCCAUCUCUGCCUGUUUUAGCAGGUUUAAAGGACUGGGUUAAAGUCCUUUAAAUUCACUAAAGACAGUAGUGAUCUGUUCUGUACCAAGAACUGCCUGCAAAGAGCAAAGCUGAGAGCACUCUGAAGUAUUUUAUUCCUGAACUCAAAAAAAAUACUAGACCCACUCAUGACCAUACUGCCAAAGGAAAGCCUGCUCAGCAUCCUGAAAAAACUUGUUGUAAAGACUCUGGCCCAUGUGACUGUGAAAAAGCCAAAUACUGGAGAGGCUGGGGUGUGUGUAUCUGUUGUUUGGGAUAAGUGCAUUGUGUCCUGAGACUGACUUGUGAUGAGAAUUGUUAGAGCUCUGAUCUGGGGCAAUAUAUGAAGGAGAGGUGGGCCUGUGUUUGAA